AUUUUCUCAUCCCCAUCUUCGAAUGCACAUCAUCUUCAACCCCACCCAUCCCUUAGUAUUUGACUAGAUAAUAUACAAAUGCUUUUAGUAUUUGCUUACUACCCAACGUAAGAAAAUAAGUAAGACACCCAUUUAAUUUCAUGAAAAACAUUUUCCUUCGUACCGAACACACCCAUGAUCACACAAGUUUUUCCUCUAACUCACUCUCUAAGAAAUUCAAAGUUCCAGAAGACGCAAUUUCUUUGAUUUCUGUUCAAUUUUUUUUUUUUACCUCUUAAACAUAUAAAAAAAAAUAUAUACAAUUCUCUAUUCAGAACAAACAGACUGAAAUUAUGGAACUGAAUUAUAUAGAGAACCGAAAGGACAAAAACAACAUACCAAAUUUAGUCAGCCAGUCAAGUAUGGUAUUGAUAGAGCAUUUAAGACAUGGAAUACCAAAAGUACUUAAUGGAAAUGUCUAAAAACUGAUAAAGCAAACGUGAGCAUAUUAUAUAUACAAUAGCUCUGUUGAAACACAUAUAUAUUCUCUUCUUACAGAUGCAAAUACCCACAUUCAUAUGAUUUUUUUUUUUUUAUUUUUUUUUUUUGAAAAUUCAGGUAAAUGGGUGUGCUUGAACUAGGGACUUUUAUUGACUGGGAACAAGAAUCAUACCCGCAAUAUGAAGAUUUCAUCGUGCUUCUUUUGUUUGCACUUUUCUUUCCCACUGUCAGGUUUUUGCUCGAUAAAUUUGUAUUUGAGAAAGUGGCUAGAAGGUUAAUACUUGGAAAAGGAAAGUCAGUGCUAGAAAGUGAGACAGAUGAACAUAGAAAAAGGAUACGGAAAUUCAAAGAAUCGGCAUGGAAAUGUCUGUACUUUAUCUCUGCAGCAGUUUUCGCACUUUCAGCGACCUACAACGAGCCUUGGUUGAAAAAAACCAGAUACUAUUGGGUAGGGCCAGGAAAUCAGGUCUGGCCUGAACAUAGAUACAAGUCAAAACUAAAGGCAUUUUAUAUGUAUUCUGGUGGAUUCUAUGCAUAUUCGAUAUUUGCGUUAAUAUUCUGGGAAACAAGGCGAUCUGACUUUGGGGUUUCGAUGAGUCAUCAUGUUGCUGCUGCGAUUCUUAUCGUCUUGUCCUAUAUCUUAAGGUUUGCAAGAGUUGGUUCGGUUGUUUUAGCACUCCAUGACGCCAGUGAUAUAUUCCUUGAAAUAGGGAAAAUGUCCAAAUACUGUGGCGCUGAAGCUCUUGCCAGUUAUUCAUUUAUCCUUUUUGUUUUAUCUUGGAUUGUUCUUCGUCUCACAUACUUCCCUUUUUGGGUUCUUUGGAGUACAAGUUACGAAGUUACCUAUACCUUGGAUAGGCAGAAACACGGGGUGGAAGGACCAAUCUAUUACUAUGUAUUCAAUUCUCUUCUAUACUGCUUGCUGGUUUUUCAUAUAUAUUGGUCGGUGCUGAUAUAUCGGAUGCUUGUUAAACAAAUCCAGUCGAGGGGCCGAUUAAGUGAGGAUGUUAGAUCUGAUUCUGAAGAGGACGAUGACCAUGAAGAUUGACCAUGCAAGAAGAGUUUUAGUGCUCCUGUAUACAUGUGAAGGUACUUAAUAAAUCUUCAGAGAUUUGGGUGCUAAUGGAAAGAAGAUAAUGUAAAGCAAUUUCAUGAACUCUGCAUCCAUAUGUUUUUAUGCUAGCUUCUUUACCUACCAAUAGCACAAAUAAAUUAUCCAUGCUCCUCCCUGCUGCCAAAAAAUGUAAAGAAUUUCCUGCUGUAUCUAAAACAGAAUCAUCAUUCAGGCACUCAUUUACUGAAUCUGCUCUUAUUUCUGUGUAGUCCACAUAGGCAAAUACCCUAUCUUUGUCAUUUAAAUGAAAAUUUUCGUGGUCUUUUUGCUAUUGCCCUCAGUUGACAUGAAUCUGAUAGGCAUUUUUUAUGUUUCUAAAAGCAUUUAAUUAUCUUCCCGAUACGUCUUGAACCUUUGACUUAUAUAUCGAGACCUGUGUCUUGGUGAGAGGUAGCAGGUACGUAGUGCACACAAGUUGGCCCUAGAUAGCAGCAUAUAUAUAAAUAAAAAACUGUCAUUAGUUGAGUUAGGUUGAAGGCAUUGCUCAUGUACAGGAGACCAAUUGAUCAUUGCAAGUUGAUUUAUUUACAAUUUUGACCUUUCCGGAUCAUGGAUGCUUGCAUUAGGUUAUCUCUUUUUCCUUUUCUCCACAAAGAAUGUGUGUAUAAUGAUGUCGGAUUUGUAAUAUAGAAGAUCUGAAACUGCGGCCAGCAGUUUAGGUUUUGGCCCAGAGAAGUUGCUGCAAACUGAUUCAUAUGACUUCGGGCAGUAGUUUCCUGUGUUAGUAUUAGUUAAUGAUUGAUGGGAAAGUAUUGAGAAGAGGUUUUGGUGAAUAUGUUUUUUUGCUAUUAAAAGGUACCUACCUAUUCCUAAAAGGUUUAAACUAAAAGGUGCCUAUUCCUAACACAUGUAUCCGUUGGUUUGAACAGACACUUAGGUAUUAUAAAUACCUGAUAACUCCUAAAU